GCCUACUACCAACCCUCAAUCCCUCAAUCAUGAGUUCGAGCAUGUCCCACCACCGCUUUUUACAUAAAGUAAAAAAUAGACUGUCUACCUACGAGUAAAGCGAAUCAUUCGAUGAUAUCGCCGUUCCUAUGAACGUCCAGAUCCGUUGCGGCCCAAACUGCGAUUCUUGCGACCCUUGUGACCCCUGCGACAGUACGAUCAACGCGGCUGAGACAUUAUGACGCCUUGGAAAACAUGUUAACUUCGUCGCCGUCAAUACCAGGAGCUACAAGCGCGUCGCCUAGAACCUUUCACUAUGCAACCUCUCGCUCUCCGCAGCAAUCACCCAAGAUAACGGUACCUUUACCGCGCCGCCAGUCCAGACACUCUCUAUCGCGCACCUCGCCUUCGACACCUCUACGAUCCCCGUCGCUCUCCAAGCCGAAGCAAUAUGUUGCAGUUGAUGCAGCUACGCAGUACUCACCCAUGGAGCCAUUCGACCCUACGGUCCCGUUACGGUCCGCCCAAGUAUCGGGACCGAGGAUAUCGAGCUCCACAGCCUCAGCGAUAGCGAAGACGACGAGCCAGCCCAAACAGCAACCUACCGCACCAGACAAUGCUCCCGGGUCAAGUUCGACACCGAAUAGCUCUUCCAAGAUCGAGUUCCAAACACUUUCCCCCAAUAAGAGACGCAAGUCGCAAGAUCCCAUAACGAUCGACCCGUCUUCAUCGGUGGUGGCAUUAAGCCAGCCGAGCUCCCCAAAACGGUCAAAACCUAACGAGUGCCCUCCCAAGGUGCUUCCUCUGAGAUACGAAUUAUGUGAUAGGGAGGACAUGGUAGUCCUAAUCUCAAAUAUGCUGGGGGAGCUUAUCGAAACGAAUGACUCUAUAGCCAUGAAAAGUGGCCAUCUCACAAGGUUUCAUUCUAGGACUGCUCCAGGCAUAUCAGUAUUAGACUAUUUGCAACGACUUGCGAAACACGCCACUCUUACCCCUCCUCUCCUCCUGUCUAUGGUGUCCUACAUUGACCGCCUAUGCGAGGAUUACCCCGACUUCACUAUUAAUACCUUGACAGUACACCGGUUCCUCAUUACGGCCGCCACGGUUGCGGGCAAGGGUUUAUCGGAUUCAUUUUGGAACAAUUCCUUCUAUGCACGCGUGGGGGGUGUGAAGGUAGCAGAAUUAAAAUUACUAGAACUCGAUUUUUUAACUCGAGUGGACUGGAGGAUAGUCCCAAAACCUGAGUUACUAGAGGCCUACUAUAAAGGCUUAGUUGCCCGUUGUGCGGGGUAUGUCUUAGAAGGGGACCAGUCAUCUUCAUCUGACGAUGGCGACGAGUCUGAAGAAACAGCAGAAACAGGAACUUCGUAGAUUAUGAAUGGAAGUAAGAUACGAGAGAAGUGGGGUACGUGAGAUGGACGAUGAGGUGGUUCCUGCGGUGAAGUCAAGUAGGUUGCUUGGGACGCUACACGAAGAAUAUUCGACCUUGGAGUUUUUUCGGGGACAUGGGUUGCAUUUGACGCCAAGUGCGCGGUGAAUGGGUUAGUACGGUUAUUUGAAUAUUAGACGGAACCAAGUUAGCACCGUCGAGCAGAGCCCAGGACAUACCCAGCGAUUGCAAUGUUCAUAGCGAAAGAAAGAAAUUUAAGAGGAUAUCAAACCUAAGGGUGGCGUAUGGGUUUUACGGUGUCGCGCCCAUGUUAACAGUUACCUACCUAAACUAAUAAAAUGAAAUAUCCUUUUUUACUAUUUAGAUCUUUAGCC